AUGUCUGAGGAUUCGUAUCCAAAAGAGGAGCAUUUCCCAGCCAUCCCCGGCUCUGACGGAACACACAAAGAGGUCACUGUGACAUGGCGACAGCUAUCAGUCCUCGUGCCAGCUUCGGAGGCCGUCCAUGGCGAUACCCUCUGGUCUGAGGUCGACCCUCGGGAGUUGGUCCGGAAGUUCCAGAAGCCAAAGGAAAUGGCCAUCCUUCAAGAUAUGAAUGGACAGCUUCGCCCAGGAGAAAUGAUGCUUGUACUCGGACGGCCAGGUGCAGGCUGUACAUCGUUCCUCAAAGUAAUAUCCAACGACCGAGAUGGCUUUGAUCACAUCAGUGGCGACGUGCAUUAUGGAAGUAUGGAUCACAAGGAGGCUGCAAAGUUCCGUCAGCAGUUCAUGUUCAACAACGAAGAUGAUGUCCAUUUCCCCACCCUGACGGUUGAUCAAACGAUCAAAUUCGCGCUCCGUAACAAGACGCCUUCGAUCAAAUCCGGCAAUUUGUCCGACAAAGGCUUCGUGGAGAGUAUGCGGGAUGAGAUCUUGGGAUCGUUGGGAAUCCUCCAUACAGGCAAAACAUUGGUGGGAAAUGAAUUUGUUCGGGGAGUGUCAGGCGGAGAGCGAAAGCGUGUCUCCCUCGCCGAAGUGAUGGCUGGCCAGAGCCCAGUGCAAUGCUGGGACCAGUCUACUCGUGGUCUUGACGCCAGCUCCGCGCUGGAUUUCGCCAAACACCUCCGCCGCACGGCGGACGAGCAGAGGAAGACGGUCUUUGCCACCCUCUACCAGGCAGGAAAUGCCAUCUACGACCAGUUCGAUAAGGUCAUGGUGAUUGCAGGCGGAUAUGUCAUCUUCUAUGGGCCUCGCCACCUCGCGCGACACUACUUUGAAGAAAUGGGGUUCGUGUGUCGUCGUGGAGCCAACAUUGCCGAUUUCCUCACGGCCGUCACGGUGCCCACGGAGCGAACCGUUCGCGCCGGUUACGAAGAAAAGAUACCCAAGUCAGUGGUGGAGUUUGCAGCCCGUUACAAGGAGAGUUCCGUCUACCAAGCAAUGGUAGAGGAGAUCAUACCCCCCUCUCAGCUUCAAGAAGAGAGCCGCUGCUUCAAAGACUUAGUGGCAAAAGAGCUGAUGGGCAAAGAGGGCAAUCCCAAGAGCGUUUACACGGUGCCCCUAUGGGAACAGGUCAUCGCUUGUACGAUUCGGCAAAGUCAAAUCAUCUGGGGUGAUCGCCUGUCUCUCGCCGUCAAGGUGGGAUCGACUCUGAUCCAAGCCCUGGUUUCGGGGAGUCUCUUCUACAACCUGUCGGACACCAGUCAUUCCAUGUUCCUGCGACCCGGUGCGCUCUUCUUCCCAAUCAUGUAUUUCUGUAUGCAGGCUCUUGGAGAGACGACUUCCUCGUUCAUGGGCAGACCCAUCCUGUCCCGGCAAAAGCGGUUUGCAUUCUAUCGUCCAACAGCCUACUGCGUUGCCAGUGUGAUUACCGAUAUCCCCGUGGUGCUCUUCCAGGUGACCUUGUUCACCAUUGUCUAUUACUGGAUGUGCAACUUUCAGGCUGACGCGGGCAAAUUCUUCACAUUCUGGAUCGUCCUCAAUGUCUCGACACUCUGCUUCAUCUCCUUCUUCCGCAUGAUUGGCGCGAAUUGUUCCAAGUUCGGUAACGCAUCAAAGAUGUCCGGCUUCUUCACUACCAUCAUGAUGAUCUAUACCGGAUAUCUGAUCCCCUUCCAGAAGAUGCACGUCUGGUUCCGAUGGGUCUUCUGGAUCAACCCAGCCUCGUACGCCUUUGAGAGUGUAAUGGGCAAUGAAUUCGGCGGCUUGAAUAUCAAGUGUGAAAGCCCAGACUAUAUUCCUUACGGUGCAGGUUACACUGACGACCGGUAUCGGGGCUGUACAGUCGCUGGGUCUAUUGGGGAUCACAUCCCCGGUGCCGACUACAUCCAUGACGAGUAUUCCUACUCGAUCCAUCACGUCUGGAGGGGAUUCGGUGUUUUGGUCGGAAUGUGGGCCUUUUUCGCCUUCCUCACCGCAGUCGGCUUCGAGAGACUUCGCAGUCAAGGCACGUCGUCUUAUCUGGUGUACAAACGCGGCAGUCAGGGGCAUCACCGAGAUGAAGAGGGUGCCUUGACAGCGCCACCGGCGGGGGCAGACUCCGAACCUGAUCAGAACAUGCCAAAACAAGCUAUCUUUACGUGGGACCAUCUCGACUAUUUUGUGAACUACCAGGGAUCAAAGCUCCAGCUCUUGAAUCAGGUCUUUGGCUUUGUGAAACCGGGCAGCCUGGUCGCAUUGAUGGGAUGCUCUGGUGCAGGUAAAACUACACUUCUGGAUGUUCUCGCUCAGCGUAAAGAUUCGGGAGAGAUCGCCGGCUCCAUUCUGGUCAACGGCAAACCACAGAAUAUCAGCUUCCAGAGGACGACCGGUUACUGCGAGCAGCUUGAUGUCCACGAACCAACUGCGACUGUCAAAGAGGCCUUGAUCUUUUCUGCUUUGCUUCGCCAACCGGCUCACAUUCCUAAGCAGGAGAAGAUUGACUACGAGGACAAGAUCAUUGACCUGCUGGAGCUGGACGACAUUAGUGAUGCGCUCAUCGGAACUCCUGGGGCCGGUUUAAGCAUUGAACAGAGAAAGAGAGUGACACUCGGCGUUGAAUUGGUGGCAAAGCCUUCUUUGUUGCUCCUCGACGAGCCUACUUCCGGGCUGGAUGGCCAGUCUGCAUUUAACAUUGUUCGAUUCAUGCGAAAGCUGGCCGACGCUGGACAGGCUGUUUUGUGCACGAUCCAUCAGCCCUCCGCUUCCCUGUUUGAUGCAUUCGAUUACCUUCUGUUGUUGGCCAAAGGUGGCAAGAUGACGUACUUCGGUGAAACCGGUGAAAAUUCUCAAGUGAUCCUCGACUACUUCGCCCGAAACGGUGCCCCAUGCCCGGACGAUAUGAACCCAGCAGAGCAUAUUGUAGAUGUUGUGCAGGGUCGGCUGAACCCCGAAGUGGACUGGAACCAAGUAUGGGACCAGUCCAAAGAAUGCCGGUUAGCCCUCGAGGAACUGGAAGCCCUCAAGCAAAAAACGGCUGCCGAAGCCACCGAGGAGGAAGACCUAGCGGACUAUGCUACACCAAAGAUGUAUCAGCUCCGAUUGGUGUUGGAGCGCCAAAUGGUCAAGCUUUGGAGGAGUCCGGACUACAUUUGGAACAAGAUCAUCCUUCACGUUUUUUCGGCUCUUUUCAGUGGCUUCACAUACUGGAAAAUCGGAGAGUCGGUCCUGGACCUGCAACUACAAUUGUUUGCCAUCUUCAAUUUUGUGUUUGUUGCACCGGGUGUGAUCAAUCAGCUGCAGCCCUACUUCCUUCAAAAUCGAGACAUUUUCGAGACCCCUGAGAAGAAGUCCAAAACGUACCAUUGGAUUGCAUUUAUUGGUGCACAAGCAAUCUCAGAGAUGCCUUAUCUGGUGGUUUGUGGAACAUUGUAUUUCCUCUGCUGGUACUUCACAGUGGGCUUCCCCAGCGUGGCCACCAUCUCCGGUCAUAUGUACUUCCAAAUGAUUUUGUAUGAAUUCUUGUACACGCCCAUCGGGCAGGCCAUCGCGGCAUACGCUCCUAACGAGUACGCCGCCUCGCUGGUGAACCCCCUGAUUCUUGGAUCAGCUCUGGUGGGCUUCUGCGGUGUGGUCGUGCCCUAUCCCGACAUCAACGUGUUCUGGCGCUACUGGAUGUACUACCUCGACCCCUUCACCUACCUCAUCGGGGGCCUGCUCGGCGAGGUACUCUGGGAUAGCCCCGUGCAUUGUGGUGAGAAGGAGUGGGUGAACAUUGCCCUUCCGGCCAACGAGACCUGCGGUUCCUAUAUGGGUACAUUCGUUGAAGCUGCGGGCGGUUACAUCCGGGAUGCAGAUUCCCAGACUUCCUGCCAAUAUUGUCAAUACGCGAAAGGAUCGGAAUACGCUCUGCAAUUCAAUCUAAAGGCCGAUACGUACGUGUGCGUGUUUCUCAUGAUGAAACUUCGCAGCGAGAAGACCAAGACUGCUCGUUCGGAAUAG